CCGUGUAGCAUAUUUUUGUUCUAGACAUUCAUGUGUCCGAAAAAAACAUUGUAUUAAGGAAAUUAGAUUUAUAAUAGGAAAAAAAAAUUAGUAAAGAAAGGGAAAAAAAUUGUGGAAAAGAAAUUGGGGAGGGUGAGAAAUGCGAAGGUGCGACCAUUUCAAAGCGAGUUUAUAGGAAAUCAGGACCCAAUCUGCAAUCAGCAGAGAGAGGAAAAAAACAAAAGAGAGAGAGAAAGUAAGAGACGACGGUGGCGAUGAUGCUGGUAGUAGAAAGCAUUAUCGGUGUCCUUAUGCUUCUUUUGAUCCUUCUCCUUAUCCUUGUCGCCUGUAAACCAUGGCGCUUCUUUUUCUCCUCUUCCCCUUCUCGCCCUCUUAAGGUUGGUGAAUUAGAGAGACCCCUUAUUUCAGAUGAUGUGGAAAGCAAUGAUUUGACAAGGAAUUAUGAUCUAGAGGGAGCAUGCUAUCAAAAUGAAGGGCCAUUGCGCUUGUUUCGACCGCAUGGACUUGUUCAUAAACAGAGGCUUCCAUCUGCAUCACCCCAUCUGAACCAAGGGGAUAGCUUGAUUUUAGAUGUAGUUUCAGAACCUGCAGAGGAUAUUUCAGUUGGUCAAACCCUUAAGCGCACAUCUCUGACGAAUCACUUAGCUGAAGUGCAGCAACAUGCUGGACAGACAGAUCAGAGUCCUGUCUUGAGAUCUGAUCUGGAAAAUGAUGUCGUUCGCGAGUUUGUGCCCUGUGUUAUUGCUGAUCAAAGAAGCUGCCUGUCUUUGGAGGUCAUCUCUGGUCCUUCUCGUGGUCUCCGAUGCUCUAUAAAGUCAACAAGUGCUUCAAGGCUUCCACUGACCCUUGGAAGGGUUUCUAGUGAUCUGUUGCUGAAGGACUCAGAGGUGUCGGGGAAGCAUGCAAUGAUUAACUGGAAUAUGGAUAAGAAAAAAUGGGAGCUCGUAGAUAUGGGUAGCCUAAAUGGAACGCUUCUGAAUUCUCAGCCGAUCAAUCAUCAUGAUUCUGGAAGUAGGCAGUGGGGUGACGCAGUUGAUCUAUCAAAUGGGGACAUAAUAACUCUUGGCACAACCUCAAAUAUACGUGUUCAUGUUACAUUGAAAGCUGAGAAUGAGACUCCUUUUGGUGUAGGCAUGGCAUCAGAUCCCAUGGCUUUGCGUCGUGGAGGAAAGAAACUUGCUAUGGAAGAUGUGUGCUAUUAUCACUGGCCGCUUCCUGGCAUUGACCAGUUUGGAGUGUUUGGUAUUUGUGAUGGGCAUGGUGGAGUAGCAGCUGCUAAUUCUGCUAGCAAAAUGCUUCCUGAGAAGGUUGCACGAAUUUUGUCGGAUUCACUAACAAGAGAGAGGGUUUUGUCACAAUGUGAUGCUUCAGAAGUUCUCAAAGUUGCAUUUUCUCAAACAGAAGCUUCAAUGAAUAAUUAUUAUGAGGGUUGUACUGCAACUGUGCUUCUGGUUUGGGCUGAUGGUGAUAAGAAUCUUUUUGCUCAAUGUGCCAAUGUUGGGGAUUCAGCUUGUGUUAUGAAGCUUGAUGAGAAGCAGAUUAAGAUGACUGAAGACCACAGAGUAGCCAGUGAUUCCGAAAGACUUCGUAUAAAUAAAAUGGGAGAACCAUUGAGAGAUGGGGAGACACGACUUUCUGGAUUGAACCUUGCUCGGAUGCUUGGAGACAAAUUUCUGAAACAGCAGGAUGCCCGAUUUAGUUCAGAACCCUACAUAAGUAAAGCUGUGCAUAUAGAUCAAGCAAGCAGUGCCUUUGCACUGUUGGCAAGUGAUGGCUUUUGGGAUGUUAUUAGUGUUAAAAAGGCAGUUCAGCUUGUCCUUCAGACCAGGGAGAGAUACUCUACAGAUGGGGAUAAUUCCGCUGAGAAGGUUGCUAAUCUCUUGUUGAGUGAGGCUAGAACACAGCGGACAAAGGAUAACACCUCCAUAAUUUUCUUGGAUUUUGACAGAAAAUCUAGAAUAUCUUCUUCUUGUAAAGUUGUAUCUUAAUAUAAAUUAUGAGUUGGCAGUGUACAAUUAUAAUUUUGCUUUUGCCUUUGAAGUGUGAGUUGAGUUCUCUCUACCGUCGGGGCAUUCACCGUCAAGAUGUUUCAAAGAGUUGUUUGGUUAUCGUCUUCGAGUUGGGAGCUGCCUAAAGAGAGAGUUCACGGUGCAGGUUGGCUUGAAAGCUUGAAAUGGAUGCAUGAUGGAGGGAAUUAUAGAUCUGAAGGAGAUACCGUAAUCAAUAUAGGGUAGGAUUUUAGCUAACAAUGGAAAUGGUGCUAUGGAAAAUGCAAAAGCAAAUAAUUGUCGGAGAAUAAAGUUCUGAGGCAGAAAAUGCAAAAGAAAAAAGAAAAAAAAAGCUUAUACUUAGGAAUGUAUUUUGAUUGAUCACAGAUAAAUUUGGAAUAUGAUAUUGUAUUUCAAGAACCUUGACUUCGUCUAUAAUAGAUACCUUCACAGGAUUUCUUCAAA